AAUAUGUUUUGUUAUAUUAAAGAAAUGGCAACUAUAUACUCAACGUUAUAAAAUGAAAAGACUAAGCGCAGUUUUCGUGGUCGUUGGGAGAAGAUUACACAGCUGUCUCGACAAAACAUAAAAAAAAAAGUGUGUGUGUCCGCUCCGACGCACGACUGGAGUUUACUGGAUAUAAAUAUAAAUUUGUGUCAGUUGAAUACAGUAAAAUAUGUAAGUUACGUAUUCUAGUGAGAAUGAUCCGGGAGUUGCGGAACACGUGGAUGCGGUAAUUAAGUAAGUCUAUAUAAUUCACUUUUACAAUUAAUAUAUAAGUUGUCCAUUCACUGAUAGAAGGAAUUGUUUAUAUUUAAUAAGCUUUAUUAAUAAAUGAUUUGUAGCGGGUUAUAUUCGGGUAUCAACCCACUAACAGUUGAUACGUUCAGGAAUCGAACCCGAACGGCGUCCGGCCACAAGCAAAACGAUGUCGGUAAAUUAAACGAAACAAUACGAGAAAUAGUUCUAUAUUACGACAACACGAUACACUACAGAUUAUUAACAAAUUAACGAGACACAAAACAAACGACUAACAAAUAUAUGAAAAUACAAUAAUGAGAGAAACGCGCGAUCAGUACGAGGCUUUGUGGCGGACUGCCGGCGCAGCAGCCCGGCGUCACCUGCGAUAACGCGGCCGCGCGUUGGCUCCUGAUUGGCGCGCGCACGCAUCACGCAAUCAGGAGCCAAUCAGGCGCAUAACGCAUUUCGUGUGACAUGCUAUACUCUCUAGUACGAUUUUGGUCCCCAUAAUUUUCAUACCCCGGGCCUAUAUAUGUAAAUCGAUUCUUAAGGAGUAAACUCCAAUAAGAACGCUUCGUCUCAAACAGUAUUUGGCCACCGAAAUUACGACUGAAUUUUGGCUCCACGAAAUUCAAUUAUAGUAAACCUUACUUGAACACUCGUCGAUCAAGAACCGAAGACUGUCUUUACUUAUCUAUUUAUAUGCCUUUGACUAAUGCCACUGGUUUUCCUGUUAUUAUUUGGAUACACGAGCGUUCAUAUUGUCAUGGACCAGAUUUCUUUAUUGAUGAGAAUAUUAUUGUUGUGACAGUGUCAUUCCGUACCGGUAUAUUUGGAUAUUUGAACACCGGCGAUGGUUUUGCUCUCGGCAAUAUGGGAGCCAAAGAUAUGCUUACGGCUAUCAAAUGGGUGAAAAGUAAUAUAAAAAAUUUUAAAGGCGAUGUCGAUAAAAUCACUGUUAUUGGAUCCGGUGAAGCGGCUGCUUCUGUAGCUACGUUUCCCCUAACAUCUGCAGCGGGAAAUUUAUUUUCAAGAAUAAUCGUUGAGAGCGGCAGCGCUUUAUCGCCUGAAAAUUAUAGAAAUUACAAUUUCGAGAUCUCAAACAAGCUGUACUGGAAUCUUAAUGGUCCAUUCAAAAAGUUGAAUAGAACUAAUUUAUACCAAAUCCUCGCUAAUUCGACCACGAAUGAAUUGUUAUUGGCGUCCGGAGCGCUAUUUGACAGUACCGAAGUGAGAGAUAAUCAGAGGCUAAUUAAUUCCUUUGGACCGACAGUUGAAUUGUCGGGGAAGGGCGCUUUUAUGAAUAAAUUUCCAUCGGACAUAUACAAGCGACCCCUUCCUAAUAAGAGCGUUGAUGUGAUGUUCGGCUAUACAAGUUUGGAAUAUCUUCAUAAGCUCCGAGGCUUUGUGGAUAACAGAAAACUUUUAAAGUUUAUGAAUUACAAUUUUCAGUACCUUGUGCCUUUUGAGGGUAAGAUAGACGAGUAUGGAUCGAAACGUUAUCAAGAGAUACGUCAGAGAAUAAUGGAUUUCUAUUUCGCGAACGGAACUAUUGGCGAAAGGAGUUUAAGGCGAUACGCAAAAUACGUAUCGGAUCAAGCGAUUUAUCCUGUAAUACGCCAGGCCAGAUCACACUCAGAAAAGUCGGGUAAUAAUGUUUACUUAUACAGAUUCUCGUAUAAAGGUUGUUUGAACAUCGUUCGAGAUUUGCUCCUCCGAAAUUUUAAGUUGACUGGAGCGACUGGAGGGGACGAGGUUUGUUACCAAUUCACAUGCAAAUCAGCGAACCGGCUCUACAGAAGCGAGGUGUCGAGUGAAAGGAGGUUCGUUAAGAAGAUUGCGAGGCUAUUGGCGAACUUCGCUAAGCAUGGGGACCCAACGCCGGAGGGCAGCGAUGAGAUUCUGGGCGACUUAAAAUGGACGCCAAUGGUCGAUCUCAAUAAUAUCAAAGGGUUAAAUUUGAAUCGAAAAAUUAAAAUGAUCGAAUUACCCGAAAUGAGGAGAGUAAGGUUUUGGGAUCAAUUGAAGAGCGAAUAUUUUGAAGAUUUCGAUUAAUAUUAAUCUCUUAGGUAUUUUGUAACUAAUGAUAAUAACAUUAGGUCAUUAAAAAUGAAUCAUUGUAGGUAGUUUUUAUUUUGUUUUAUUUUAAUAAACAAUACAUUCAAU